AUGCAACAGUCGCAGCUGGACCCUUUACCCACCGAUCUGCCCUUCCGGAUCAUCUCCAAAACAAUUGGGCGAGGCGCUUAUGCAUCAAUCAAGAAGGCCGUCCCCCAAGACGCGCAAACGCCCGUUUUCGCCGUCAAGUUCAUCCACAAGGGCUAUGCCGUCAAGCAUGGCCGGGUAUCUGCGAAGCAGCUGUUGAUGGAGGUGUCGCUCCACUCGCAUGUCGGCCAACACCCGAACAUCAUUGAGUGGUUUGCUUCGGGCGAGGACACCAACUGGAGAUGGAUUGCCAUGGAAUUUGCCGAUGGCGGCGACCUCUUCGACAAGAUUGAGGCCGACGUAGGCGUGCACGAGAAUAUCGCGCACGUCUACUUCCUGCAGCUCAUCAGUGGCGUGAGCUUCAUCCACUCAAAGGGCGUGGCGCAUCGCGACCUGAAGCCCGAGAAUAUAUUGCUAUCCGAGACGGGAAGUCUCAAGCUCGCUGAUUUUGGUAUGUCGACCAUGUUUGAGUACAAGGGUCAACGGAAGACGAGUUCCACCCUCUGCGGUAGCCCGCCAUACAUCGCCCCCGAGAUUCUCGCAUGUAGUAAGGCGGAGAAGAAGACGUCGUCAAACGCAAGCAAGUACUCUCCAGAUCUUGUCGACAUCUGGUCAUGUGGCGUCAUCCUCUUCGUGCUGCUGGUGGGCAACACCCCCUGGGACGAGCCGUCGAACGGCAGCUGGGAGUAUCAAGAGUACGUCCGGACGAAUGGCCGCAGCACUGAUGCUCUCUGGGGGAGGAUACCGUCAAACGCCCUGUCGCUACUACGCGGCAUGAUGAACAUUCACCCUGAAAAGCGCUUCUCGUUCCAACAGAUCCGUCAACAUCCAUGGUACACCAGACCAAACCCGCAUCUGACUUCGGACGGAAAGAUUUCCGACCCAAUCAACCUGGCCACGCAGAUGCUGGAGAGCCUCAAGAUCGACUUCAACAAGCAGCCGACGGCUUCCCAAGGCAAUCCGUCGAGCAGCGAUUCCAUGGACAUCGACACCGUCGGCAAGGUGUCCUUCACGCAGCCCGAGACGCCCAUAAAUGAUGUCACAUGGGACUGGGAGCGUCCUGCUCUGAAGGUCAUGAACCCUAUUGCCGUCUCUUCGACGCAGCCACUGUCCCGUAGUGUGAGCAGCGUCGCCAACAGACGCAUGUUCUUGGAAUCCCUCGCAGAAGAGCCGUCCAUCAGCCAAUUUUCGCAGACCCCCGGCGUCCCGCUGACCCUAACCCAGGCCGCGCGCCGCUUCCGCGACAUUGUGCCGCCCGAGUCGCUCACGCGCUUCUUCUCGCACGUACCGCCGCAGCUCCUUGUUCAAAUGCUCAGCGACGCGUUGCACCAGCUCAACGUCCCGCUGCCACCCGUGACGCCGAGCCUGCACGCGGACCACAUCGUCACGAUCAAGAUCAAGACACUUGACGAGCGGCGGCAGUCGAUGCACGGCGAGAUCCACGUCGACAAGCACAGGCUGCCAGAGGAGCAAGAGCUCUUGGAUAUCCGGUUCGUGAAAAUCAAGGGAGAUCCGCUCGAGUGGCGCCGCUUCUUCAAGAAGAUUGUGGUCCUUUGUAAGGAUGGCGUGUAUGUGCCGGAGGCAUAG